CUGAGAGGAGGAAAGUCUUACGAGGGGAAGUCCGGGCGUGGAGCAGGAAGUGGUCUGGGCCGAGAGCAGGAGUCCCGGCAGAGACCAGCAGACCGGCCACAGGACAGGAAGUAGAUUUAUAGCACGCUUUAGCCUAGCGUGUUAGCGUAGCAUCCGGCAUCUCUCUGGUCACCUGGGUCCGUAGAACCAAUGUGGUUGCUGGGGCGACGGAGUGUUGAUUGACGGCUCCACCUCAGUGCUGAGGCGAGGGGCGUGGUCUGAGGGGGAGGGGCCGAUGGCCAGCCACUUGCUAUGCUGGGGGGGCGGGUACUUGGAUGACCGCUAUCUCUAUGCCCCGCCCUACCCCGCCGUCUACCGGGAGCGUCCUCGCCCCCCCCAGGAGGAGGUAGAGGGCGGGCGGGCUCUAGGCAGUGGCAACGCGCUGCUCAACGGCACUAAGGCAGACCUGCAGGCGGCCAAGCGGCUCGCCAAGCGGCUGUACAACCUGGACGGCUUCAGGCGGUCCGACGUCACGCCCCAGCUCAGCGGCAGCAACGAGUUCAGCAGGAUGGUAGCAGACGAGUAUCUUUCCUACUUUGACUUCAGAGGUCUGAGCGUCGACCGAGCGCUCCGAGCGUUCCUGAAGGAGUUCGCUCUGAUUGGCGAGACCCAGGAGAGAGAGAGAGUCCUGUGUCACUUCUCCAAGAGAUUCCUCCAGUGCAACCCUGAUACCACUGAUGAAGACAGCAUCCAUACUCUGACCUGCGCUGUGAUGCUCCUCAACACGGACCUGCAUGGACCCAACAUUGGGAAGAGGAUGUCCUGCAGUCAGUUUAUCGCCAACCUGGAGGGACUGAACGGAGGGAAGGACUUCCACCGGGAGCAGCUGAAGGCGCUGUACAGCUCCAUCAAGAAUGAUAAACUGCAGUGGACUAUUGACGAGGAGGACCUGAAGAAGUCGAUGUCGGAGCUCGCUGACGGGCGGACGGACUCCGCCUCCCACACCCUGAAGCGGGCUGCCAUUGGAGAGCGCUCCCUGGGGGGCGUGGCCCUGCAGGCCGACGCCCAGCUCUAUAAGGAGGGCUUUUUGGUCCGGAAGGUUCACGCCGACCCGGACGGGAAGAAGACUCCUCGGGGGAAGAGGGGGUGGAGGUCGUUCUACGCCGUCCUGAAGGGCCUGGUACUGCACAUGCAGAAGGGGGAGCAGGGCAGCGAGGAGGACCUGAGGAACGCGGUGUCGGUCCACCACAGCCUGGCCAUGCGGGCGGCCGACUACAGCAAGAGGGACAACGUGUUCUACCUGAGGACGGCCGACUGGAGGGUGUUCCUGCUGCAGGCCCCGAGUGCUGAGCACAUGCAGUCGUGGAUCACGCGGAUCAACGUGGUGGCGGCCAUGUUCUCCGCCCCUCCCUUCCCCGCCGCCAUCGGCUCCCAGAAGAGAUUCAGCCGCCCGCUGCUGCCGGGGUCCCCCAGCGCCCUGACCCAGGAGGAGCAGGUGAAGUCUCACGAGAUCCGGUUCCGGGCGGUCUGCUCGGAGCUGGGCGACCAGACCCCCACCUCCCCCGACUGCAAAGCCAAAGGUCGGGAGCUGGAGGAGCAGAGGCUACGGCUGGAGUACCUGGAGUUUGAGCAAACGCGCUACGGGACGUACGCCAUGCUGCUGCGGGCCAAGCUGAGCGGGCCGGCCCCGGACCAGGACCCCGACCUGGGGGCCUUCGAGGCGCGGCUGCUGGAGGAGCCGGGGCUCCAGAGGGCCCGCUCCAGCCCCACGCUGCCCCAGGACAGCGGCUCCUCGCUGGGCUGCACCGGCCGCCAGAAGAGCCACAAGCAGCGGAGCUCCAGGAGGGGCCAGGCCGCCGCGACUGGGGGGCAGGCCUAG